UCUUCCAUCUUCACCAAUACCUACUCAGUCCUCACAAGUCACAAUGGGACGUAACUCUAUCACUAUCCCGGCCUCAUUUCUCGUGAUCGUCGUCGUCGUCUUAGCCAUCUCACAAGUCUCCGACGCUCAAGACUCGCAGCAGGACUUCCUCAACGGCCACAACGCAGCCCGCCGCCAGGUCCGGGUUGGACCCCUUGUAUGGGACGAAAGGCUAGCUUCGUACGCUCGCAACUACCUGAACAAGCUGAAGAGAAGCUGCCGGAUGGUCCACUCAGGCGGCCCGUACGGUGAGAACCUGGCUUGGGGAAAACCGGACCUGACCGGCAAGGCGGCUGUGAACAUGUGGGUGGCAGAGAAGCGAUUCUAUGACUAUAACUCGAACAAGUGCGUCGGAGGAGUGUGUGGGCACUACACUCAGGUGGUGUGGCGUAACUCGGUUCGAGUCGGUUGUGCUAAGGUCAAGUGCGAUAACAAUGGUGGGACUCUGAUCAGUUGCAACUAUAACCCUCCUGGUAACGUUAUUGGUCAGCGUCCUUACGAUAAUCCUCUGUUCCAGGUUCCACUCAGCUUCGCAAAACAUGAUGAUUAAGUGGGACGACGUUGCUGGCUCGAUUGUAUAUGUGAAUUGAAAAAUUGUGUUUAAGAAGCCCACGUUCGUCGUGUGCUUUUUUGGUGUUGAUCACAAAUGAAAUAAAAAAAAAAAUAGAGCUUGAUGGUGUGUGUUUUCUAUA